AUGAAAAAUCAUGAGACAGUUACGCUGGUACCUACAAAAAUUGCUUGUAUUGGUCGCAUAGCACACCCAGCUCUUCUGCUCUCAGCAUACUAUAUGAGCUUCACAGAUCUAGUUGCUUCACCGCAGUAUACGCUCCAGAAUACUCUUCUUCCCCUGACGGCACUUCAGGUUGCAUAUGCGGCAAUUUGCCUACCUGUCGCCGGAUCGAAUGCUCCACGGCCAAAGCGCGCCAAACGCACCUCUCCAAAGCCAACAUGGCAGGUCCCAAGUAUUUCUGCCACACUCAUAGCUCUAAUCCUAACUGCAUUGACUGUUCCCUUUAUCACCAUGUUAAUGUUACUUUGCGGCGCGCCGUUGACAAGUCAUCUCGCCGAAACUAUGCUUAUGUCAGCGCAUCUUGCUCUUCUCGCCAUAUUCCCUCUUGUCUACAUUUACGGCCUCGACAGUGCGGCGUGGCUCUCUGUCACCGCCCUGCGACAUCCUCUUGACGAGGUUUUUGGCGCCUAUGUCGGCGCAUUCUUGGGCGCCUGGCUCGGUGCUGUGCCUAUUCCACUAGAUUGGGACCGCGACUGGCAACGAUGGCCUAUAACUAUCGUCACGGGCAUUUACCUAGGAUACGUUGGAGGCAAGGCAUUGGGAGGAAGUGCAUUUUAUGGCAAGCGAAUUGAAUUUGAUUGA